AGACACCGGCAAGGUGACUCUCACCUGUGUAUAAGUGCCCUGAUGCCGAGCGGGUUAAGGACCCCACAGUGCGGAAUGUGUCAUUCAGGGCAGGAAUUCUGCAUUCUGCACGGAAAAGUGGAAUUUCAAGCAGCAGUUUAUCGCUCUCAUCCCGAAACUCAACUCAAACUUGGAAGCCAUACAAAAACCCAACCGACAAUUUGAGGCUCGACUUACCCAAGCAGGAGAGGAAAAUGACACCGAAACCCAAACCGCCCCCCCGAGGGGACAACCCCGCCGCCGGGCCAGCGAGUAAAUCCGCCCAGGCCAAAGCCCAGGACGACCAGGUCAUGGCGACCAACAACAGCAGCAUCGUCUCCAAGCGCAGCGUCGAGAAGCUCUACUACCCGCACGAGCCGCACUUCUUCCGCUACUUCGUGAAAAAGUUCCAGCGCCGCGCCCCGCUCAUCAACAGGGGCUACUGGCUGCGCCUGCGCGCCAUCGACGUGCUGGUCCGCGACUUUUUGUGUGGGGUUCAGAAGCGCGGGCGGAGGGGGGUGGUUGUCAAUUUGGGGUGUGGCAGUGAUGUCCUGCCGUGGCAGUGUCUCACCCGGUAUCCGGGGGAGUGUGGUGGUGUCAAGUUUGUGGAUGUCGAUUUCCCGGACCUGAUCGAGAGGAAGCGGCAGACGGUGAUUGGCACGCCUGAGCUGGUGGGGAUGUUUACGGGGGUGAAAGAGGCCGCGGGGUUGGCUGCGCCGGUGGUGUUUGAGAGUGAGCAGUAUGUGCAGAUCGGGUGUGAUCUCAGGGAGCUCGGGACGCUGCGGCAGGGGUUGGCUGCAGCGGUGGGGGAUUUUGAGGAGUGCGAGUUUAUUUUCGUGGCUGAGGUGUCUAUCACGUAUAUGGAGAGGGAGGGUGCGGAUGAGGUUAUCCGGUGGGCAUCCACUGUUGGGCGUGCCGAGUUUGUCCUCCUGGAACAGAUUCUACCCGACAGCGAAGAUCACCCCUUCGCUUCGACCAUGUUGGGGCAUUUUGACAAGCUCAACACACAGCUCAAGUCGGUCAGCACCUACCCGGGUGUGACGGACCAACAUGCGCGCUUUUCAUCCCGUGGUUGGGACUCGGUCAAUGUCUGGACCCUCUGGCAAGCGUGGGCCGAUGAGACCUUCCUGUCCAAGUCCGAACGCCUCCAGCUGGACGAGAUAGAGCAGUUCGACGAGUGGGAGGAGUUUGCCCUCUUUGCGAGUCACUACUGCGUUGUUCAUGCUAGGGCAGGAAGCAAAUCCGACGCGGUACCAGCUCCGUCAGUGCCCUCUAACGCCGAACAACUCCCGACCCAGUCGGUGGAAAUGCGGUUCGACGAGUGCCCCGGUGUGAGAGGCCAGCGGCGUUUCGCAGCGGCCAUGCGAUUAUCUCAGGACGAAACAGACAAGACAGAGCAGUCAGUGCUCAAUGUUUUAGGUCUGGGCACCAAGAGCCGGUUGCAGUCUUGCGAUCUCUUCCGGUUGGGUACAGUUGACGGUGAAGAGGCGAUCACCUUCCAAGAGGGAGGUCCAACAACGAGGAUGUGCCAUUCUUUGACAGACCUUGGGGGUGGUCAAGUGCUGUUGGCAGGAGGACGGGGCUCACCUUCAGCCCCGCUCGCCGAUUGCUGGUUAUUUAAUAAGAACACGAAGACUUGGAAGCAGACACACCGUCUUCCGACGGCUCUGUACCGGCAUUCCGUUGUGGCCUUAGGUCGAUCGGGUACAGCCUUACUUGUCGGUGGUAGGGGGGUGGCAGAGGCCUUUGGCGGCUGCCUUCUAUAUCAUCCUGUUACGGGGUGGGUGAACUGCGAGAUGGUCGGCGAAAAGCCGGCUUCGGUGUACGGUGCGGCUUUAUCUUGCAGUGGCGAUAGUGUCACAGGCACCUUUAGCGGUGUCUACGCUGGUGGUCUAGAAGAUGCACUGGUUUCCGACCAGAUCCUAUCCUGGGAAGCGGAUGUCUCGGAUAUCAAGAAACCCACCGUUCGAUUCAACCGCUUGGAGAUUACCGGUAAUAUGCAAAAGGACGCUUCUUGGCUUCUUACAAGGUUUGGCGCAACUUGCCUCCAGCAAGGGGAUGAGUUUGUCCUACUAGGCGGCAUAGCUAGGGAUCACCUACUUUGCCAUCGCGACGAGGUUUUGUUAUGCUCAUUGAACAAAGGUGGUAUUACCAUCACCAGUGGACUGAUUGGUAAGAUAUCAGAGGAACGGCAGUCAAGACCACGGCCGCUAUUCGUCGGGCAUUCAAUGGUCCCGAUGCCAGACGGCUCCGUUGUGGCGGUUGGGGGCGGGGCCACAUGCUUCUCCAUGGGUACGUUUUGGAAUAAAGGGGUGUAUACCCUUCAAAUCCCGGCACUGGAAGGCGAACAGAAGGGUAUCCCUCCCGCUGCCUCCCAAUGGGUGCACGAGAAAACGAUCGACAUCGUUCCGAUCCAGCGGAAACCGCCAGUAACUCCCAAGCUUGAGAACAUUGGCGAACUGGCUCAAAUUACCGCGAUUCCCAGAUUGAAGUUGGAAACUGCGGACGAUUUUAUCAAGAUCGUACGUGACGGCAAGCCGGCAGUACUGGAAGGCUUGGAUCUAGGUAGCUGUGUAUCGGCCUGGACACUAGAUUGCCUUGUCAACAAAGUCGGGGCUGAUCGAAAGAUCGUUAUUCAUGAGGCUGCAAGCCAGGCGAUGGACUUUACCGCCAAGAACUUCCGCUACCUCACAGCUGAGUUCGGUGACUUUGCCCAAAGGGUAAAACAAGGCGAUAGGGUGUACUUGAGGGCGCUGUCACACGAGAAGCCGUCUGAGCAACCGGCCGUGCUGGCGGAAGACUUCCCAGCUUUGGCGCCCGAUUUUGUGUUGCCCCCUCAGCUCUCACUUGUGGCGGAGAACCUGUUCAGCUCUGUAUUGAGACUGUCCGGCCUGGUAAACAUGUGGCUACAUUAUGAUGUUAUGGCGAAUAUCUAUUGCCAGGUCGGCGGCUCCAAACGGCUGCUUCUCUUCCCGCCGUCGGAUGUUGAGCACUUGUCCUUUGCUCCCGGGGCCUCUAGCUCCAGCAUAGACGUCUUCUCGUCACUACAGUCACCCAGGCUCGCUCAUACCCAUCCCCACGAAGCUAUCCUGUCACCCGGGGACGUCCUAUUCCUACCCCCGCUCUGGCUACACACGGCAACACCAACCUCGGACAAAAGUAUUGCCGUAAACGUCUUCUUCAAGGACCUUGAGAGCAACCAUUAUGCUUCUGGCCGGGACGUGUAUGGGAAUCGGGAUCUCGCUGCCUAUGAGAAGGGGAGGCAAGACGUUGCCCGCAUCGCAAGUAGCUUCAAGAAGUUACCGGCCGAGGCAAGGGAGUUCUAUCUCUUGAGGCUGGCAGAUGAACUCCGCACAAGGGCGAGCGGAUGAGGCAUGCCGCCGGAAAGUCGCCGCUCCCUUGGGCCACUCGCCAUUCGGGGCUCGGGACUGCUUGACCGCCAAGCCACGGAGACCCUAUAUAUUAGGUAACUCUAGCAG